CUACCUUCCCAUCUUGUGGAAAAAAUAAAAUAAAGUAAAACUAAAAUUCCCCUUCUUCCUCUUAAGAAAAAGGGCCAAAAAUAUCAUGGAAAAAGUAGAAGACAUUGUGAUUGUGGGAGGUGGAAUUGCUGGCCUUACAGCAUCCUUAGGACUUCAUAAGUUGGGUAUUCGAAGCUUAGUAUUGGAAUCCUGGCAUAGUCUAAGAAUCACUGGAUUUGCCUUUUCAGCAUGGACAAAUGCUUGGAGGGCACUAGAUGCUAUUGGCCUUGGUGACUCCCUUCGACAACAACAUAGACAGUUUCUUUGGAAUGUGGCCACCUCUACAAUUACAGGAGAUCAAACCACAGCCAUGUCAUUUAAAGCAAAAGGAAAACUUGGAGACCAUGAACUUCGUUGUGUGAAUAGAAAGUUGUUGUUGGAAGCCCUUGCAAAUGAGCUCCCAAGUGGCACCAUUAGGUUCUCUUCCAAGGUAGUUUCUAUAGAGGAAUCAAGCUUCUAUAAGCUCGUGCAUCUUGCUGAUGGAACAAUUAUCAAGACUAAGGCAUUGAUUGGUUGUGAUGGAGUGAACUCAGUGGUGGCAAAGUGGCUGGGAUUCAAGGCACCGGCUUUCACAAGGAGAGCUGCUAUCAGGGGUUGGAUAAAUUUCAAGUCCAACCAUGGGUUUGAGCCCAAGCUCUUGCAAUUCAUGGGGAUAGGCUUUCGAUCUGGUUUUCUUCCUAAUGACGAUACUAGCAUCUAUUGGUUUUUCACAUCCAACGCAGAGAAAGACAUGGAAGAUGACCCAGCUAAACUGAAGCAAUUUGCGUUAAGCAAGUUAGCAAAUGUACCAGGUGAAAUAAAGGCUAUUGUUGAAAACACUGAACUAGAAUAUAUUAUGUUAUCCCCAUUAAGGUAUAGACAUCCCUGGGACCUUAUUUGGGGAAACAUCAGUAAAGGCAAUGUUUGUGUGCUUGGUGAUGCAUUCCACCCCAUGACCCCAGACAUUGGCCAAGGUGCUUGUUCAGCCUUAGAAGAUGGUAUUGUUUUAGCAAGGUGCCUUGCUGGGGCUUUACUCACGAAAGAACAAAGUGGAGAAUCAACAGAGAAAGUUGAUAGCGAAAGUGAGCAAUAUAAGAAAAUUGAGAUGGGGUUGAAGAACUAUGCCAAAGAGAGGAGAUGGAGAAGCAUUGUCCUCAUAAGUACAGCUUAUGUGGUUGGUUUUUUCCAGCAGGGUGAUGGGAAAUUAACCACCUUCUUAAGAGACAAAUUAUUGGCUGCAUUCCUGUCGUCGUUGCUAUUGAAGAGGGCUGAUUAUGAUUGUGGGAAGCUCAACAUUUCUUGAAUGCAGUCAUAUGCAUUUGCUUUGUAUUAUUGUUGGUAUUUUUCACUUUGACAAUGUCAAUUAGUAUAAAUUGAGAAACCCUCGCAAUGUUCAUUCAUGU